AUGUGUGUAUUUGAAAAUUUAUUUUUUGCAGCUCCACUUACAAAUGCAUUGCCGUCUAUCAGGGAAGGUGUGGUUGUGGGUGAGCAAACCAAAGAUGUCAUCUUGCCGUGUUCUUUUCAACCUGGAGAGAAGGAAGUCAUUCAUUGGACUAAUAAUGACAGCAAAAAUGUGCAUUCAUACUAUACGUCAGCAGACCAACUAAAGGAUCAAGACAAAGACUAUUCUGGAAGAACUUCACUGUUUCUAAAUGAAAUAAGUAAAGGAAAUGCUUCUCUGCAAAUAAAGAACUUGAAGAAAAGUGAUGAAAAUACAUAUAAAUGCUAUGUGUCGACAAAGGAAGGAGGGAAAAAGGAAGAUGACGUAAUUCUGCAAGUUAAAGGUGUGGUUGUGGGUGAGCAAACAAAAGAUGUCAUCUUGCCGUGUUCUUUUCAACCUGGAGAGAAGGAAGUCAUUCAUUGGACUAAUAAUGACAGCAAAAAUGUGCAUUCAUACUAUACGUCAGCAGACCAACUAAAGGAUCAAGACAAAGACUAUUCUGGAAGAACUUCACUGUUUCCAAAUGAAAUAAGUAAAGGAAAUGCUUCUCUGCAAAUAAGGAACUUGAAGAAAAGUGAUGAAAAUACAUAUAAAUGCUAUGUGUCGACAAAGGAAGGAGGGAAAAAGGAAGAUGACGUAAUUCUGCAGGUUAUAGAUCUUAAACACACAAUGGAAUAUGAGUGGGGUGAUAAUGGUGUGCAAAAUCUCUCAUGCUCUGUUACUGCCUCUCGUUCUGAAGACAUUACUAUAAAGUGGAUUGUAAAUAGCAUUAUAGUUCAUGAAGAUCGAAGCAAUAAAAGCUCCUAUACUGUCCAAAAUCAUUCUCUGGAACAUCAGUGCAUUGUGGAGCACUCCCUUACACUAAGCAGCUGGACAGGUACCUGGACAAUGAAGGACCUUUUCAUGAAGAAGGGUAACAAUAUUACAUGUGGAUGCAGUAUUUGUCUGGCUGCAAACUCGGAUUUCUAUGCCAAAUGGAAUUUAGGAAAUAAAACAGGUGAAGUGACAAUAGCCUUAAUGAACAAAUCGGUGGCUGAUGUUUCUGCACAUUAUCAGAAUAGGAUAGAACGCUCUGAUGAACACACGCUGACUUUACCCAAUCUUAGUGCCAACGACAAUGGGAUCUACAUUUGUUCUGUUGAAACAGAACAGAAAAAGAAUAUUGAAAUGACCAGGGUCAAUAUUGAAAACAAGAAAGAAAGUUAUUGGAAAGGUGGGAUUAUCGUUUCAUCUAUUGCGGUGGUUCUCUUGUUUUUUACUGCAGUAUACAUAAAUACGAAGGUUAAAGAAUCAACAAGUCCAAAUCCAUCACCACUAAAUAGUAAACAAGAAGAAGGAGAGGCGGAAACUAGUUGCUAGCCAGAAGAAAAAUACAGCAGAACAGCAAAAUGAAAGGUAUCUACACCUAAAGGUGGCUCUACCAUAAGGCAUGUUAGGCGGCCACCUAAGGCCUCGCAGGGGUGAGGUGGGCGCUGGCUCCAAGAAAGCGCAUCAGCAGCAGAGGCACUUUGAGUCACACAGCAUUUCACGGCAUAACUUUUUUUGUGUGUAGAUAGCUGUAUAGGGGGUAAUUUUUGUACCGUAAUCUACAUUUUUAUUGGUACCACAUUUGCAUUUUUCAGACUUUGUAAUAACUUUUUAUAACAUUUUUGGGGGAUGUGAUUUGACCAAAAAAUAAAAAACAUAAUUCUGUUAAAAUACUUGUCCUGGGUGCUGCCAACCCACAUUACACCAUAACAUCAUGCUACAUAUCGACCAUCUCGAUGCUUGAAUAUCUUUUUUAAUAAGUGUCAGUAAAGGCCUCAUUUUCGGGUUUUGCAUAAGGCCUCACAAAGCCUAGAGCAGCCUCUAUCUGCACUUACCAAGGUAAAAUAAAGACUUUAGGGGGAAAUUUAGCAAUAGUGUGGAUUUGCAUUUCUCAUAGUGUUGUUCUUUACUGUAUGAAACCCUUUACAUUUAUUGAUGUGUCUCAGGUUAGAACGAAUUUGGGGGCAUUAUAUAUUGUGGCGCAUUACACCCAAAUCUCUUACAUACAUCACAAGGUGCAUCUUUACCUUACAACUUACAUUCUUGAAUAGAGAAAAGAAAGAGACUUGUGUCCCUUGGUGUGGAGACUCUAAGAAUACACCAGAGGCCAUAUUAACCCUUUUUUUAAAAUUAUUCCAUGAGACACAUUUUUCACAGGUGGAUGAACCAGCGUGGAAGUGUCCUCAGCAACCAAAAAUAUUAACCCAUCUCCAAGCACAGCUAUAACAACAGAGGCAACAAUGGUGAGGUGAAUCUAUGUCAAAAUUCACUUUGUACUCAUGAGGAAGAUGUUCACCAGCUCAGCUCAGCUCAGUAUGAUUGUAAUUUCUGAUUAUGAGGGUGGCUGGCACUAGGACCACGUGGACUUAACCAGUCUCCAUAGACAGCAAUGUAUUCAGCACUAUAUUCCAUCAAAAGAAUGAACAUGUUCAUUACCAGUGUAGCUGAACCAUGCAAGUAUUGUCGGUCCCCACAGACAGCAAUGUACAGUGCCUUGCAAAAGUAUUCAUCCCCCCCUUGACUUUUUUCGUAUUUUGGUGCCUCACAACCUGGAAUUAAAAUGGAUUGUUUGAGGAUUUUGAUCAUUUAAUUUACAGAACAUACCAAUAACUUUGAAGAUGUGUUUUUUUUAUUUUUUAUUUAUUUAUUGUGACACAAACAACAAAUAGGACAAAAUAACAGAAAAGAGUCAAUGUGCAUAACUAUUCAUCCCCCUAAAGUCAAUACUUUGUAGAGCCACAUUUUUGUGGCAAUCACAGCUCCAAGUCGAUUUGGAUAAGUCUCUAGGAGCUUGCUACAUCUUACAACUGGGAUUUUUGCCCAUCCCUCCUUGCAAAACUGCUACAGCUCCUUCAAGUUGGAUGGCUUGCGUUGUGAACAGCAAUCUAAGUCUGACCACAAAUUUUUCGAUUGGCUUGAGAUCUGGGCUUUGACUAGGCCAUUCCACAUUUACAUGUUUCCCCUUACAUGUUUCCGACUUGUUUUUUUUUUGUGGCCGAAAAAAGUGCAAGGAAAAAAAAAGA